AUGGAGGGCGUCAAGCGGACAAACGCGGUGAACAAGGUGAGCUGUGCGCUGAACGGAGACUGCAGAAAGAGCCGGAGCAGUAGCCGGUUGCAGGAAAAGAGAAAUGCCCUGGCUGAAGCUAAUCUUGGCCCACAAUUCGGCCCCAUUGGUACCCUGUGCAUUCUACCCACAGAAAUGCUGCACAAAGUCUUCAGCUACCUAGAAGAGAUCCUGGAAUACAUGGUCAUACCGUCCACGUGCAACAGGCUACUCUUCGACAUGUUCCACUUGGGGACUGAGCCAAGAAUGCUGCUGAAGCGUGCAACGCUCUUAAAGCCGACAAAGGAGAGGCUCAAGAUCCUGCACAAUUUCACUUGCAUGAUUCGUUGCUUUAAAUAUGGUGAAUGUGCAAAUUCCUUGACAUGCUCGGGAUUUGUUCGUUUCGGGAAACUCCUGCAGACCUUGAUAGCUGGCUGGGAGGAGAUGGAGUGUCACAGAGUAUUCAAAUACGUCAGCGACAGGAUGCAUCUAGACUACAAGAUGAAAGCAAUAUUAAGCUUUCAACCAGGGAAAGCAAAGCAGCUUGAGAUGGAGGUGAAGUGCGUAUGCCGGCGGGUGCUGCUGGACCCGUGCCUGUUUCACUCCGAGCGUCUCUUCUGGCUGGGCCAGAUCCUGAAGCCUUGGCCACUAGUCAGCCAGGCGCGUCUGCUCUUCGUGAUAUACGGGCCCUACUGCGAACACGAAGGUCGUGUGCUGUGGGAGCGUACGCUGGUGAAGAAUCCCGCGCGCGACACUUCUCUGCGCGACCUCGGCUCCGUCGUUCGAAACCUGGGGGCCUCCAACGCUACCAACUGGAACGAUUCUGACGUCAUGAGCAUCAUCGGAGAGAUUUCCGUGUUACCAAACAAAUGGAACGCGGAGAAUUUUGCCCGAUUCCUCAUUCUGUGCGGGGAGAGGGUCUGCACCAUGAUGCUGAGCAGCAGAGCCGUGAACCGACACUUCCCACAGCUCGCCAACCUCGUCGUCUUCAUGUCAGUCGUAUGUGAGAAGGACGGCUACAAGAUGGCCUGGCUGGCGAACACCGUGAAGAAAAUCUGCUGCACCAUUGACAACCAGUCAGACGUGCAGCAGCUGCUGCACAGCAUCGUUCGCAUCUACAAGGAGGUCAUCGUGCAGCUCAUCCACUCGCUCACGGAUAUCCCGCACCAAGAAUUGGAGUUGAACUCUGUCAUUAACGCUCAAGGUUGCUUCCUCAGGGAGAUCAUGUGCCUCGCCUUCUCCCCUGUCCUGGUGACCCUCACGCUCCAAGCACCACAGGAGAUCUAG